ACGAAUGUUCAAUGGGCUACGGCUAUCACUGUUACUGACUCUCACAGCCGAAAACCAUCUCAUUUUCUUCUUCUUCUUCGUCUGCGGACCGCGGUAUCGUAUCCGUAAAGGUCUCGUAUUUACUCACUUUUUACAAAGGGAUUGCGUGGCACUUGCUCACUCCACGAUUGCAAAUAUCAUUUCUCCAAUAAUAAUGAUAGUGUGUUAUGCAAUGAUGCGGUGAACUCGACAAUGCUGAGAUAUAUAUUUUUUUUUUGUAUUGUGCAAACUUCUCUAGAUUUCAUCGUGUUUCUCUGUUGUCAGUUGAAGAAAGUUGUGCCGAGUGGCUCAUGAUUGUUAAACAUGGCAUGAACUGUCAAUUUGCCUUUUUGGGAAGCAAAAAAGAUUUUAUGUUGGCUUCCUCGGCUAUUUUCAGAAGACAACAGUUCUUGAUAAGGUCUCUUGGGGGUUGCACCAAUCAAACCCAUCAGAAAAGAAUGCAAGAAACUAAGGCACUGAGGGGGACUUCCUUGGAAGCCGAUGCUGAGCAUAUUUUGCGAGCAAUUACUCCAACCCUUGAUCUCAAUAAACAUAAAGGCCAGGCUGGAAAGAUAGCUGUUAUUGGCGGGUGUCGUGAAUACACAGGUGCUCCAUAUUUUGCAGCUAUUUCUGCUUUAAAAAUUGGUGCUGAUUUGUCUCAUGUUUUCUGUACAAAAGAUGCCGCUCCAGUCAUAAAAAGCUACAGUCCUGAGUUGAUUGUGCAUCCUGUUCUAGAAGAAUCCUACAGUGUUAGGGAUGAGGACAAGCUCUCCAUAUCCGGCAAGAUUCUUGCUGAGGUCGAUAAGUGGAUGGAAAGAUUCGACUGCCUUGUUGUUGGUCCAGGCCUUGGAAGGGACCCAUUUCUUCUGGACUGUGUUAGCAAAAUCUUGAAGCAUGCAAGACAGUCCAACGUCCCAAUUGUUAUAGAUGGGGAUGGACUUUUUCUUGUUACGAACAGUCUCGAUCUUGUUAGUGGUUAUCCCUUGGCUGUCCUUACCCCAAAUGUAAAUGAAUAUAAGCGCCUCAUUCAGAAAGUGCUGAAUUGUGAAGUUAAUGAGCAAGACGCUCAUGAGCAAUUACUAGCUCUAGCCAAAGGGGUUGGUGGUGUAACCAUCCUACAGAAAGGAAAAUCUGACCUCAUUAGUGAUGGUGAGACAGUAAAAUCAGUUAGCAUCUAUGGUUCUCCAAGACGCUGUGGUGGCCAGGGUGAUAUACUUUCUGGAAGUGUGGCAGUAUUUUUAUCAUGGGCCCGUCAACAUCUUUCAGCUGCAGAAGGGGAUACGAGUAUCAGCAAAAUUAAUCCAACAAUAUUGGGUUGCAUUGCUGGGUCUGCUUUGAUGAGGAAGGCGGCAUCACUUGCUUUUCAGAAUAAGAAAAGGUCUACCCUCACUAGUGAUAUCAUCGAGUUCUUGGGGACAAGUUUGGAGGAUAUAUGUCCUGCCUGUUGAUGCUGUUGUUUCAUAGUCCGGAGUUCACAGGGUGGCUGGCACCUAGGAGAGAGAUUCCUUGGCUGAACCUACUUUCUAUUCUCCCUCCCCUUUUUGUCUCUCUCUCGCUCCUACUGUGUACACUUCAAUUAAUAAGAGGAGCAGUAAAAGCAGUGUUGAAGAGGUAUCGUACUGUAUAGAAGAUUGAGGUCUCGUUUGUUUUCAGAAAACAUCUAUCUCAUUUCAUCUCAUCAUUA